CGUUUCCAUAUCCACAACUUGAUCGAGGUAGGCCAGCCUGGUCCUCGUAUUCCGGUCGCUAAGCGCAGUUUCUUUCUGCCGUCGCUUCAGACCGGAGAACUCUCUCAACUUCCCAUUUCAACCCACGUCUUCCUCUAACGAUCACCAUGUCUAUACCAUUGCGGCGGCUGAAAAUUGUCCUGUUGGGAGAUGCAGGGGUUGGCAAGACAUCGUAUAUGCAAAGAUACUCCCACCGUGAAUUCCUUGGGGUAUACGAGCCUUCAUACAACGCAGAAAUCCAGAGCAUAGGUGUCCAAUUCACUGAGGGCCUGGUGGUCUUCGACGUGUGGGAUAUCCCUCCUGAUGUCCCCUGUGACCAACUCAUACAAGACUGCGACGGUGCCAUUCUCAUGUUCGACACCAUAGUCCCCAGCACGUAUGAGAGUAUCCCAAAACAUUACUCCACCCUGUUACACAUCUUCGGCUGUCAAGACAGAGUCCCAAUCCCUGUCGUGCUCUGCGGAAACAACUGUGGAUCGCCUCGUCGAGCUGUCCAUCCGCCGAUGAUUAGAUUCCAUCGUGAGAAGGGUCUACAGUACUACGAUUUCUCAGUAAAGGAGUUGUUCAAUUUCCACAAACCUCUCAAGUAUCUCGCGUGGAGGGUUUUUGGUCGUGAGAUGGAGUAUGCGUUUGAGCCUGAUGUUGGGGGGAAACCUGGGCGUGAGCGUCCUUAGGUGCUGGAGCUGGGGAUUCGGAUGGUGUGGGAAAAAGGAUCUACAUGUGGUCGAAGGCUGGGGAUUCACAGGUACCGCUGCAGAUACUGGUCAGGGUAAGCUUCUCGGGGUUGAAGUGUUGCAGCGACCGAAGGAGAGCUAAGGGGCGAAGGCGCAAAGGGUUGUAACCGAUGACACAAGUUCUAUCAUAGUUUGGCCAGGUGCUCGCCGCUGUAGUAUUGGUUGGCAGCGGAGAAUAGAUAGUUGGCGCGGAUUAG